AUGUACCUCCCGCCUUGGCUUGCAGCCUCGCUGGCCGCGCUCAACAUUGCGACCUCGGACACACCUGACAUCGUUGCUCCCAUUCCUGAUCAACCGGCUCCGGUAUAUAUGGCUACAGAUGGGCAGUUAUUCAUGAACGUCGAUAAGGUCGAGGAAGGCGCCGUAGCGCGUCUGGUCAAGGCCUCAUACAAGGCCCCAACCGCGUGGGUAUGGUCGCCUCGCAAAGAGUCGCGACCGGACCAUGUCCGCAUCAUGGUGGAUGGCAGCGACCCUGCUCUGUGUCUAGCGGCACCAGUUGAUGCGAAUGGCACACCAAAGGCUGGCGACCUGCACCUCGUUUCCUGUCACGACAAGCUUGGCGAGUUGGCCGGUGGCGCGUCCAAGGAUCCAUCGCGGUGGACCAUGAUGGACGAGCCGGCUGGCACUGUGAGCUUUCAUCUCCCCAAGGGCCUGUUCAUGGGGUACUCGGAUGCGGACGUUGGCGCGACCAACAAUUACAUGUGGAGCAGUGGGUGGGUGGGGCUGGCGGCUGGCGAGGGGCUGGACUAG